UUGCCUAGCAACAGCGUAGUUUUGUUCUAGCUCUCGGAGUAAACUUUUGCCACUUUUCUCAGACGAAAUGCCCAAAAAGAAAGACAAGAAAGGCGCCGACAAACAAGAUGACAACAAGAAAACACCAAAAAAGGGGACUGCCGAUACUCCUGGAGACAAAACUGCCUCUGACAACAGAGAAAAGGAAUUAUAUUUGAUUCAAAUACGGUAUUUGAACGAGCAAUUGGAGGGAUAUCAGCUGAAAUGUGAUCAACUAGAGGCAGAAAAGCAGAGCUUGAGCUCUCAGCACAUCUCACUGGAGAAGGAGAAGAAAGACAGUGUUGAGUAUUUGAAACGCACUCUGCGGGAGAAGGAGGAAAAGGUGGACGAUCUGACAGAGCGCCUGGUGGGCCAGCAAGAGGCUGCAGAUCAGGACAGAGACACCCUGCAGCUGCAGAUCAGUCAGCUGAGGAAAGAGCUCCUAGACCAGAUCAAAGAACUCACUACUGAAAACAUGACACUUGCUGGCAGGCUGGAUAGUCUGACUGAGUUUCAGAAGCAGAAGGAGCAGCUGAUGUCCACCGUGGAGUCUAUGGAGAAGCAGCUUACGAGCCAGGAGGAGGAACACAAAGCUGACAUCCACAGCCUGGAGAUGAAAGUGCUGCUAGAGAAGAGGAGGUUAGAGAAGGAGAUGGAGAGCCACGUUGCAGCCAUAGGGGCAGAUGUGCAGCACAGAGUGAACCAGAAGGUCCCAGAGACGACCAGGUUGGCCAUUCAGGAGAAUAUGGAGCUGAAGGCCCAGAUGGGUCAGCUGUCUGUGCACACACAUAUUGUGAUGGAGGAGAACUCUACUCUGCAGCAACGAAAGAGUACGCUAAGUAUGGAUGUGGAGAAUCUGGAGCAAAUGCUCAAGGAGACAUCCCGCCAGAGCUGCAUCCUCAAGAGGGUGGUGCAGCAGCUCACAGAAAAGUGUCAGCAGCAGCAAACCGAGCUGAAAGAGCGCAGCCAUGAACUCAAGCAGCUUCAGAAUGAACACGCGGGA